AUGUGGUCUGAUCGCGUGAAUGAGCUUAAUAAGCGCAGACCGGGAUUGAUCACAGUGACCAAUGACCCCAAUAGAAUAUUUGAAAAUCUUAAAACUGCAUUUUUAGUCGAAGAUAAUUGGGAAGACAUUGCUUCUGUGUUUUCUCCAAUUGUUUUACAUUUAGUUUCUGAAAUAGUUCGCGAUGUUGUUUCAGAUCCUUCACAAGAUGAUCUCGGCAUUGUAGUUUUAUUUUCAAAUUUAAUUAAUACUUUUCCUUCAAUUCAACCACUCAUCAUGUUUUUCAUCCAGCAUCGUCCAAUAGCUGAUUCUUCACACAUUGCAGAACCAAUUUUCUUAAGAUCAGUAUUUCGAUUAUUAAGUACUAUCGGACCAUCGUUUGAAAUACGCCUUAGUCAACUUCUUGAAUUAUUAGAAGCUGAUGAACCACAAGGCACACGUCUUUCAAUCGAAUCUGGAUUUUAUUUAUCAAAUAUUGUUGGUAUAAUGAGAAACAUGUCUGAAACCGAAUUAAAUCAAGUUUACCUCAACAAAUAUCCACUCGAAGCACAAAUAGAACUCUACACACUCGAAUCAAAAUUUUCAAAUUAUAAAAUACCGAUUUCAAACUUCGGAGAAAUGAAAUACGAGACACCAUACGCAAUAACAGUCAAUGGAGUUCCAUUCUUACGCUCAAUGGAUGCAGAAGAGAACAAUCAAGAGCAUCCAAUUUUACAAACACCUUACGCACGUUCUCUUGCACUUGCAAUGCUUACCAACAAGCCAGUCAUGGUCAUCGGACCUGCCGGCAGUGGUAAAUCAACAAUCAUACAACAUUUGGCAAGAUUGGCCGGUACUGAAAUCACUUCACUUCACCUUGGCUCAGCUGUUGAUGCAAAAUCAUUAUUAGGUGGCUACAUUUGCGGCGAAAUCCCCGGCGAGUUCAGAUGGCUUGACGGACCAUUGACAGCAGCAAUAAGGGAAAACAGAAGGUGGAUUGUUUUGGAACAAAUUGAAAUGGCUUCUGCGGAGGUUUUGGCGGUUAUCCAACCGUUAUUAAGUGAACAGAAGUUGUUUAUCCCAGGAAGAAGCGAAACACUCAAGAUGGGCUACAACACAAGAAUCUUCGCAACUUGUUUCAAACCAAUUGAAAGUUCACUUUGGACAAAAUUGAAAAUUGACUAUUUGUCAAAAAGUGACACUUGCAAUGCCAUUUUGUGUUCUAAUCCAGAGCUUAAAGACGACAACAAUGUUAUCCUUAAGAGGAACAUCGACAUGAUAUACGAUGCUUGGGCCAAAUGCAAAUUGACUUAUCAUGAAUUAUUCAGAGUUUUUCGUCGUUUGACUCCUCAAGAUCUAAAAAGUGACACAAUUUAUGACAACAAAGCCAAUGAGAUGUUCCAAAUCAUCUUUGACACAUUCACAAGCCAUAUCGCUGACCAAGACAAGCGCCUUGAAGUUGCGCAACUCAUUGAAAGCGUUUGGGAUAUUCAAGGUUUGGCUGAAUCAUAUUUAAGGUUAAACAAACCUCCACUUAUCACUUCACCUUUCCAAAUUGGCUCUGUUACAUUACCAUUCCUCGGUGAUCCCACUCCAUCACCAUCAUUUGCCUACACAUUCACUGCUCUUCACAACAUGGAAUCAGUUGCAAGAGCAUUGUCAAUGAGAGAACCAGUUUUAUUGGUCGGAGAAACAGGAACAGGUAAAACAACAUUAGUCCAAUUCAUUGCAUCAUCAGUUGGCGCAAAGUUCACUGUUAUAAACAUGCACCAUCAAAGUGAUACAUUGGAUAUAAUUGGUGGUUUCAAACCAGUUGAUUUGGAUAAAUUAAUGUCACCUUUCUUCUCAAGAUUCAUGAAAGUUUUUUCAAAGACAUUUGAUGCAGCGAAGAACGCCCAAUCUCUUAAUCUCAUUGACCAAUGCAAACAGACAAAGCAAUGGAAGAAAUUCCUCAAUUUGAUAUUGAAGUUCUGUGGAGCAGCACUUUCAAAAGAAUCCGUUAAAAAUAAUGAAAAAAGAUCAUCGAAAUGGACGAAAAUAAGAGAUGAAGCCAACGGAUAUCUUUCGAAAUCCAAGUUCCUUGAACAUGAUUUCGCAUUUGCUUUCGUUGAAGGACCAUUAGCAACAGCAUUCAGAACUGGACAAUGGAUUUUACUCGAUGAAGUUAACUUGGCUCCUCCAGAGACAUUGUUAGCUUUGGCUCCUUUAAUGGAUGGAACAUUGACAUUACCAAAUGGUGAAAUACUUCAGGCACAUCCUAACUUCAGAUUAAUCUGCUGCAUGAACCCUGCAACAGAUGUUGGAAAAACAAAUCUUCCUGAAACAUUAAUUCAUAAAUUUGUCACAAUUUAUUCUGAUGAAACUUCAUCUGAAUCUGACAUCAAACUGAUCUUAGACACAAGAGGCGUAAAUACAAGAUAUCACCACAUUAUUUACGACUUCUACACGAAAGCUCGCGAAAUGUCUAAUUAUUGUUUGACAGAUGGAAGUGGAAGAAGAAUUAUGUACACUUUAAGAGCAUUAACAAGAUCAAUUUUAUACAUGAACAAAGCAGAGAAAUACUUCGGAUCACCAAGAGCUUGCUAUGAUGCUUUGUACUUAUCAUUUGUGUCUCCUUUGUCUCCAGAUUCCGCUGAAAGAUUAAUCGGAGAAUUACAAAAGAGAAUUGACAUAAAAAGUGACAAUUUCAAUGCAACCAAAGUAGUUGAUCCAGAUUUCAUUGAAGUAGAAGGAUUCUUGAUCAAGAAAGGACCUCUUCCUAUCAAAGAAAGACCAGAUUUCAUCCUUACAGACACAGCAAGACAACAUUUAAGAUCAUUAGCACAAGCAGCUUUUCUUGGCUCUUCUCCAAUUUUGUUGCAAGGCCCAACAUCAUCAGGAAAGACAUCAAUUGUUGAGUACCUCGCUGAUAUAACAGGCCAUGAGUUCGUCAGAAUAAAUAACCACGAACACACUGAUAUCAGUGAAUACAUCGGUGCUUAUGCAACAACAGAAUCAGGAGCAUUCGAAUUCGUUGAAGGAGCUUUAGUAAGAGCAGUAAGAUCUGGUGCUUGGGUUGUUUUGGAUGAAUUGAACUUGGCACCAUCAGAUGUUUUGGAAGCAUUGAACAGAUUAUUGGACCAAAACAACGAAUUGUACAUUGCGGAGACACAAACAGUUGUAAGACCAGCAGAUGGAUUCCAAUUAUUCGCAACACAAAACCCUCCUGGAAUUUACGGUGGAAGAAAACAAUUAUCAAGAGCGUUCAGAGGCCGUUUCAUCGAAUUACACGUAGAUGAGAUUGCUCCAAAGGAACUGAACACAAUUCUUAUUGAAAGAUGCCAUAUGGCACCAUCAUUCGCCAAAGCAAUGGUCGAUACAUUCUUAGAACUCAGACAAAUCAGACAGUUCACACAAGUUUUCGCAGGAAAACAAUCAUUUUUGACUGUUAGAGAUUUACUUAGAUGGGCAAACAGAAAUCCAAACACAUGGGAAGAAGUUGCUGAUGAAGGUUUCGCUCUCCUUGGAGAAAGAUUGAGAACUCCUGAAGAAAGAAACAUAAUGAAAGACGUCAUCACCAAAAACUGCAAAGGAGCGGCAGUGAUGCAUGACAUACAAGUUCCAGAUGUUAAAUUAGAUUUCGACAUCGUUUGGACAUCAGGAAUGAGAAGAUCCGUCGACUUGUUAAUGAGAUGCAUCAGGAAUAAAGAACCUGCUUUGCUUGUCGGUGAAACAGGUACAGGAAAAACAACAGCAGUUCAAGUAAUUGCUGCUGCUUUAGGAAGAAGAUUGAGAAUUCUCAACUGCCAUCAACAUACAGAAGCAUCCGAUUUCUUGGGCGCAAUGAGACCGGCGAGAAUCCAAAAGACAGAAGAGAAACACAAAUUGUUCGAAUGGAAAGAUGGUUCUUUAGUUGAUGCAAUGAGAAGUGGUGAUGUUUAUUUGUUGGAUGAAAUCUCUUUGGCACAAGAUUCAGCUCUUGAAAGGUUGAAUUCCGUCCUUGAACCAUCGAGAUCUCUUGCAAUUGCUGAGAAACCAGAAUACGAAAUCAUCAAAGCACACGAGAACUUCGCAUUCAUUGCAACAAUGAAUCCUGGUGGAGAUUACGGUAAAAGAGAGUUAUCUCCUGCUUUGAGAAACAGAUUCACAGAAAUCUGGGUUCCUUCAAUUGACAGUGAUUCCGAUUUGCUCGAAAUCCUUGCAGCAAAUUCCUCAAACCCUGAAACGAAAUCACAUCGCGAAAUGUUCUUGAAAUUCGUGAGAUAUUACACAGGAUUAUCGAAAUCAUUGAUGAAUAUCUCAUUGAGAGACAUUUUGCAAUGGAUCAGAUUCGUUGACAGUCGCUGCAACAAUGGAUCAUCAUUUGCAGACGCUUAUGUCCAUGGCGCAUUCAUGGUUUUCAUUGAUUGCGUUUAUAACACAUAUAGAAAUGAUUUCAUCAAAUUCCUUUCCGACCAAUUAAAUGAGAACAAAUUAGUUUGUUCAGAGGAAUUAGGAACAUUUUCACAUGAAGUUAAGAUAGAAGGUGAUGUAAUGAACGUCGGAGCUUUCCAGUUGCAAAUGCAUCAUUCACAAGAAGAAAACAAAGUCAAUUUCGUUUUCUCAGCACCAACAACAAGCCAAAACUUGUUAAGAGUUGCAAGAGCUCUACAAAUGCAUCUCCCUGUUCUAAUUGAAGGACCUCCUGGUGUAGGAAAAACAUCAUUGGUCGCUUCACUUGGCCAAGCACUCGGAUUCAAUGUCGUCAGAAUCAAUCUCAGCGAACACACAGAGAUGUUGGAUUUAGUCGGCAGCGAAUUACCAGUAGAAAACGGUGUUUCAGGCCAAUUCGAAUGGAGAGAUGGCGCUUUCCUGACAGCAUUGAAGAAUGGCGAUUGGGUAAUUUUGGAUGAACUCAACUUGGCAUCCCAAUCUGUUUUGGAAGGCUUGAACUCUUGUUUGGAUCACCGUGCAAGUUUGUUCGUUCCUGAGUUGGGAGAAGAGUUCAAAUGCCAUCCUAAUUUCAGAAUUUUCGGCUGCCAAAAUCCUGCUGCAGGAGGUGGCGGAAGAAAAUGCCUUCCAAGGUCAUUUUUGAACAGAUUCACAAGAGUUUACGUCGAAGAACUCACAGAAGAAGACUUCGACUACAUCAUUUCCAAUUCAUACGAAGAACUCAAGAACCAAACAACACUGAGAUCGAAGAUGAUCAGUUUCAUCAGACAACUGAACGAACUCAAAUUGGAAUUCGAGUUUAACUUACGUGAUGUUUUCAGAUGGUGCCAAAUGAUGUUUGCUGCAAGAAUACAACCAGUCAAAGCACUCCAGCAGCUCUUCAUUCAGCGCUUGAGAACAAAGAAACAUCGCCAAAUGGUUUUGGAUAUCGCGUACAAAGAAUUUGGUGAUUUUUCAACUUUACCAACUCCUCUUUUGAUUUCUCCUUCAAACGUAAGAGUCGGAGACAUCGUUAUAGAGAGAAAUGGCUCCUGCGCACCACAAAACAUUGUCAUCCAUCCUGCAAUGAUAAGACCUCUCGAAACAAUUUUCAUGUGCGCAAAAAUGAAUUGGCCAGGAUUAAUCGUCGGCCAAACAGCGACAAGCAAAUCAUCAUUAGUCAGAGUUGCCGCACACAUCAUUGGCAGGAAACUCAUUGAAUUCUCCAUGAACUCAUCAGUCGAUACAACUGAAUUACUCGGUGGUUUCGAACAAGUUGACAAUCACAGGUGUUUCGAACAAUUAAAGGAUAAAAUCAGAUACAAGUCUCCAUUUAAUUCCGAAACAUUGGCUCAUUUCGAAACCAUCAACGAUCCAAGUAAGCUCCACGACUUCAUUUUCGCUAUGAAUCUCGAGGAAUUCAAAGAAGAAGCCCUUCAAUUGAUCAUGAGAAAUAACGAUAAAGGCACUUUUGAAUGGGUUGAUGGAUUACUUUUACAAGCGAUGCGAAACGGAUGGUGGAUCAUCAUUGAUAACGCAAACCUUUGUCCACCAGCUGUUUUAGACAGAUUGAAUCCAUUGUGCGAACCAGGCGGCUUCAUUUCCUUGAACGAACGUGGUUUAGUCAAUGGAAACAUCGAAGAAAUCCAUCCACACGAGAAUUUCAGAUUGUUUAUGACUGUUGAUCCUAAAUUUGGAGAUAUUUCAAGAGCAAUGAGAAACAGAGCCAUCGAAAUUUAUUUGCCAUCAUACUACGAACGCCUUAAUGAUGACAAACUCCUUGAAGACGAAUGCAAGGCAUUGGCAGGAGAAAAUGGAUUGGAAUUCAUGCAAAUGAUGAAAGAUGAAUGCACAGAUAAUGAUUUGAGAACAUUAAGUGCUUGGAACAUGAUCUCUUUCAAGACAUUCAAAGAACAAGCGAGUGUUGCACAAUUGGGUGAUGACGCUGCUCAUUUCAACAUCGCUCAUUGUUCAUUAACUGAACAACCUUUGAAUGAAGACGAAAAAUCAAUGACAAGAUCAAACUCUUCUUUCUCUAAUUUCAUUUCAAACUCUGAAGUCUUAAGUGUCUAUCAAUUCAAGCCUGUAACAAAUACAAUGAUGGAAACAAUCAUUUACGAUUCCGCCUAUUUGAGCCAAGUUGAUUGUGAGAACAACGCUGCAAUCAAGUUCUUCGCAGGAUCAACAAAAAGCGAAGAUAUCGAUGCGAGAUUGUAUUUCGCCCAAAUCAACAAUUGGCGAAAAGUUGAAGAAGUUUUGAACGUUUUAAGAAACUACAAGAUUGCGAAAUUCGAAGAAGACUUGCCAUUAGAUAAAACAUUGUGGCCAAAUCCACAAGAAACACUUAAAUUCAACGCUUUGUACUUGUUGAUGAAUCUUUGGCCUGACGCAACAGCAUCAUUACAAAACGAGUUUAAUGAUGUCAGUUCAAUCCAGAUGAGGAAUGAUUUGAUCACAAACAUACAGUACAUUUACAAUGAGUACAAAUCAAUUGUUGAAGAGCAGAUAAGUGACGCAGAAGACAACAUUACUCCUUAUUAUUUGUUGCCAUUGAGAGUUAUUGAUUUCCACAACAAAGUUUCAGAAAAUUCCAUUCCUUUGAUGAGAUUUUUGAUCCAUUUGUUCAAGAAAGGAAAUAUCAGACCACCACAUUUCGAUAUAUUAAGUGAUGUUUUGAUUCCUAAAUCAGCUAAGACAGCUAAGAAAGCGAGAAAAGAGAUUGGAGAACCAUUUACUUUCAAGACGAAACAAGCUUAUAGUUUAUGGGAAGAAAUCAACAAAUACUGGCAGAACUUGUACCAACAAAGUGACAGUGGUUUCUACAAACAAUCAAAUAACAUCAUUCAAUUGCUUUCUCAGUUGAUUCAAUCUCAAGUUCAAUGUGACAGUUUGCAAACCAUUUUACAAAACCUCCAAAAGUGCAGUUUGCCAAAAGAAGUUGUCCUUACAUUUAUGGAUGAGAUAGAAGAGAUGAAUGAGAAGAGGAUGCAGCCAACAACUGUCCAGUUAUCAACACCAUUCCCAUCGGAACAUCUCCAAGAAAUUUCAUUGCAUUCAGUUGUUUUGUAUGUAAUUGAUUGUUUGCUCAGUGGAAAUCAAAUCAAACUUCCUAAGACAUACUCAGUCAUGUUAGACUUAGUCGCUAUAAUUGAUUCAUACAACAAGACUAAGUCAUUCACUGAUCUCGUUUUCGCUCUUUAUGAGUUGAUUUUCCACAUGGAAAACAACGUUUUAAGUGGUCCAGGAUUACCAGCAGUUUCCACUGUUUUAGGAACACAUCCCAACUUGUUAGAAGCAGCACAUAACAAAGAACUCACAACAUCUCUUUAUAACUUGUUGAAGAAGAUACCAGCUCUUCAAGAACAAGAUGUAAUCAACAGAUUCACGAGUUUGUGCAACAAAGAAGCAGAAAAAUUGUGUAUUUCAAAGGUUGAUGCAAAGAAUUUCGACCAAACAUUCUUGGAAUAUGCAAUCAACAAGUGGAACUUGAUUUCUCCUUUGAGCGAAGUCGAUGACUCUUAUUAUCACAUGGUUGUUGCAGAGUUAACAACAAAUCUUCAACAGUCUCUUCAAAGCGAAAUGGAUGUUACAAACGAAAUCAUGAAAUCAAGAAUAGGAAAUGAUCAUUCUGUAACAUCUCAAGCUUACGAAGUAGAAAUGAAAGAGCUCAAGGAUAUCAACUUCAAAUCCCUCCAAAAGUCAAAAUACAGAGGGCAAACAGAUGAAUUUCCAAAGGUGAAAUCAAUCAUCGAAAGAAUUGGCGGAGUUGUAAAAGUUGGAGCUUCUAAAGACAUCGCGAAGUCCAUUGAUGAAUCAGCUACUUCCAUUCUCAGACAGUUCCCAUUGUACAGAGAUAUAACUGUUCCUAUUGUUACUUCUUUGAGAGAAGUAUCAUCUGGAUUGCAGUUAACUCAUCCAAACGAUAUGAUUAAUUUGCCAUUCCCAUUCACAGCGAAAGAUUUGUUGAACAAAUUGUUCGAAAGCACUGAUUCAUUGAACACUGCAUUCACAUUCUCUAUUAUUGGACAUACACAAGAAGUUGUUCAUAAAGAUAUAGAGAUGCAUUUCCCUGAGUUAGCUCCUGAUUAUUCAACAAUUUCCGAAGAAGAAAAGAGAGAAAAACAAAUCGAAGAAUUGUUCUCCAAAGAAAAGAAAGAUGUUUUGAAUGUUUUGACAAAGAAUUUCGUGGAUUCAAUGCUCAGACCAACAGAACUCCAAACAGGCAAGCUCCUCAACAUGUUCUACAAGCAAGUCAAACAAUUGCAACCACAAGAGAUGUCCAUGGAAUCAGAUUUGUUGUAUCUUCCUUUAGUUUUGUUCAGAAUGUCAGAUAAAAAGACUAAAAACGAAAGGAAUAUCAACAUCUACCAAAAAUCAAGUGCAUCAGAUCUCGAAGAACUCGCAAAGGUUGUCUACAAAGUUGUUGAAUUAGUAACAGAAGUGUGGAAGAGAUAUCCAGGACACGAACAACUCAGAAUCAUUAUUAAAUCUGCAAACGCUUUAUUGAACAUGCCAACAGAUUUACCUUUGAUCGAAUUCCUGAAUUCAUUGGAGAUUUUGAUGAACGAAAUAAGGAACUGGCAACACAAGGAAAGAGACUUCGGACCAGUCUUAGCACCAUUGGUCACAUUAGCCAACAAAUGGCUCCAGAUGAGAUUGGAAUCAUGGAAGAUGUUGUUCGAAAACAGAAGAAGAAUUUUGCAACAAAAUGUCGGUAGAUCAUUCUACACUAUUUUGGAGCAAUUCAAGAGAACUGAUGAUGAAAACAUCGGCGACUUCUUCGCAUUGGUCUGUGAUUUCAUCGAUACAAGCAGUGUUGGUGUCUUAAAGACCAAUUUGGAUCUUCUCGAAGCUUUCGCAAUUUAUUCGCAAAGAUAUGAAAAUUCCGAUUAUAUCUUCAGAAUUUUAAUCAACUUAGUUGUUAAGUUUAGAUCAUAUCUUCCAUUCAUCGAGAAGUACAUUGCCACAGAACUCAUUCCUCUCGAGAAGAAGAUGAAGGAGUACAUGAGUCUUCAGAAGUGGGACACUGAUUCAGACAAGAAACACAUGUUGAAGAUUGACACAGUUAAACGUCAAUUGAACAAAUACUGUCAAGAACACAUGGAAAUCAUCAAACCUAUCUUCAGAUUGAUGAUUGACCAGUUGACAGACACAAUGAUCAGAACACCAGGAGUUCCUUAUUCAAAGGGAACAGAAAUUGACGAAAUCACUGAUAAAUUAUUUAACAACGAAGAAAAAAUCAGAAUCAGAAUUUACAAUGCAAGAAUUUAUGCCAAUCAACAAUUGGAUAUCCAAGCAGACAACAACCAGGAUAGAUUGGAUAACUCAUCACCUUUGCAUUUGUUCAUGAAUGAGACAUUGUUUGGAACACAAUUCAACGAAGUCAAUGAAUUGUUCGGAACAAGUUUGAGCUUAUUGACAAAAGUCAGAAAACUCAGUCCAGAAUGUCAUUUGGACAUAAGACCAGAAGAAAGCGAGUACUACAAAGGAUUCUGUGAAAACUUGGUCAUAAUGCUCAUCAAAGAAAGAAAAGAAUUGCAUGUAAAACCACAGUUUUACGUCGAUGGACCAUUAUUUGUUUUCAACCAAGUUGUAACAAUUCUUAAGUCUUUCUCUGGAUUGGACAACAAUUCCUUUGUUUCCGAAAAAGUUGCUCAAUUGGAAUCAUACGGAAAAUUAACUCCAUUGCCAAUCAUCGAUGUUGUCAAAGUUUUAGGACAAAUCAAAGAAAAACUUGAAAACAAUUACGUCCAUCUCUCAAUUCUCCAGUUCAUUGACAGAUCAAUUCCUUUGUUACAGUCCUAUGAUGGAUUCAAGCAGCCACAGCAGCAAUUUGCUGAUAAAGAAAUACUUGUUACACACUUAGGACACUGCAGAUUCGUUGUUGCAAUAAUGAAACAAAUUUUGAUCGCAAUGUUAGAUGGAUACGGCGAAUCAGAUGAAAACAACAAAGACGACGAACCACAACAAGAAGAAGGCCAAGAUGGAGUUGGUUUAGGCGAAGGCGUUGGCGAACAAGACAUCACAAACGAAAUUGAAGACGAAGAUCAGUUACUCGGUGACAAUGUCAACACAAAUAAUGAUAAACAGGAUGAAGACGAAGUAGACAGAGAAGGAGGUUUCGAAGUGGAACCAGACAUGCCUGAAGACGCUCCUGAUGUUUCCGCCCAUGAAGAAGAGGAACAAAUGGAUGACGAAAUGGGAGAAACAAAGGACGGAGAGAAUGUCAAUGAAAGAAAUGCAACAGAUGAUAAAAACAUGGCAGAUAAAGAAGCUGAUCUCGAAAAGGAAACAACAAAGGAAAAUACAAUGCAAGACCAAGAAACUCCUGAAGAGGAUCCAAAUGAAAUCAGCGAUAAAUCCGAAGAUGAAGACAAAAACAAUUCAAGUGGCGAAAUUUCAAUAAGUGAACAAGAAGACGAAUUCGAAUCAGAUGCAGCUCAAUGGGAUGAAGAGCCAGAGAAGAUAGAAAUACCAAGCGACGACGACAGAAUGUUGGAAGGAAAUCCAGAAGGAGAGGAAGAAGAAACCAAUGAGAAAAUCGUCGAAGAAAGACCUCCCGACAUCGAAGAAGAACCAGAUUUGUUCGAAGGAAAGACAGCACAAGACAAAGCAAAUGCUGAAGAAGAAGACAACAAUGAACAAGAAGAUAUCGAAGGCGGCGGAAAAGGAGAAUCCAAAGGAGCAGGAGAUGACGGAGAAGGAGGAGAAGACAAAGCAAACGAAGAGGAAGAAGAAACGAAAGACGAAGAGAAAAUACAAGAAAAGGAAAUGGAAGAUAUCGAGAAACAGCUUGAAAUUGUACAGAAGAAGAUCUUAGAAGGCGAAGUCAAAGAAGGAGACGAAGGAGGACAAAGAGAUGAAGAUGGAACAGAAGGAGUAAUUUUGCCUGCAGAAGAAGCUAAAGAAAUUCCAGAUAGGCCUGAAGAAGAAGAUAAACAAGAAACAGAAGAAAACAAAGCAGCAGCUCCUGGUGAUCAAGAAGGAGAAUUCAUUGAACCAACAGGAGAAAUCAAUGAAGAAGACAACGGAGAAAGAACAUCAAUGAAUUUCAAAGUUGUCGAAGGAGAAACUUCCAAAGUUUCAACAGAAAAAAUCACUGCAAUCGAUAGAACAAUAACUGAAGAAUCAAGAGCGAAAUGGAUCAGCGAAAUCAAUGAUACACACGACUCUGCAGCCGAACUCUGCGAGCAACUUCGAUUAGUACUUGAAGCAACAGUUGCAGCGAAGAUGAAAGGAGAUUUCAGAACAGGAAAGAGACUCAACAUGAGAAAGAUCAUUCCUUUCAUCGCUUCCGAGUUCAGAAGAGACAAAAUUUGGAUGAGAAGAGUCCAGCCUGACCAGAGAAACUACCAAGUUAUGCUCGCAAUUGAUAACUCUGCUUCAAUGGCUGGAGUUUCCGGACAAUUGGCCAUCAAGUCUGUCUGUUUGAUCACACAGGCAUUGACGUUGCUCGGAAUCGGAGAUCUUUGCGUCACAAGAUUCGGAGAAGAUGCAAGGAUUGUUCACAAACUCGGAACACAAUGGAGUGAAGAAAGUGGUGCGGCUUUGAUUAACGCAUUCACUUUCGACGAACAAUCUACAGCUAUUGAUGUUUUACUUGAGAAAUCAAUCCAGUAUUUCGAAGGAGAAAACAAAGGAAAUGCAAUGCAGCUGUGCUUCAUCAUUUCUGAUGGUGUUUUCUCAAACAAAGACAAAGUAAGAGAAUUGAUUAUUCAAGCACAGCUUAGAAAGCUUCUUAUUGUCUUUGUUAUCAUUGAUAGCCAGACUAAAGAGAGAAACAGCAUCUUGUUGAUGAAGGAAUUCGUAAACAUCAAUAACAAGAUGACAGUCAAGUCUUAUCUGGACACAUUCCCAUUCCCAUUCUACGUUUUGAUUAAAGAUCCUGCUUCACUACCUGAGAGAUUGUCUGAUGCACUUAGACAAUGGUUUGACCUUGCAAAUGCAUCACAAUAA